AGCGGGUGUGUCAGUGCCACUGAAGUGAUGUUAGUAGAUGAUCAUUAGAUAUUUAGUAGAGAUGAAUUUUUCCUUUGUUCUGAUCUGUGGGCUCAUCUUUUCCUGCUUUUGCUCCAGAGUCACAGGUCUGAAUGAGGAGAUAUCUGUGAAUCAGAGCCCAAACAGCAUUACUGUGAAUGAGGGAGAAUCUGCUAAAAUCUCCUGCUGCUGGACAAAGACAACAUUUGAUUUUAAAGUCGACUGGUUAAAGAAUGAGAAAAAGGUUUCAGCAGAAAGUCAGGUGUUUCAAAAGUCUCCAGUGGGGAACUGCACUACUCUUAAAAUCACAAACAUAAUUCCAAAUGACACAGGAGAAUAUGUAUGUCAAGUGACCCGAGACAUACCAUUCCUGCGUCAAUUCAAUGGAAAUAAAACCAUCUUAACAAUCAAUUACACAGAACAAAGCACCAAGACACCAACAACUACAGAAAGUGUUUAUCUCACUUCUUCAGUGGUCCCAGUAACCACCAGAGUCUCAUCAACCAAAACCUACCCAUAUUCAAAAGCUGAUUACAAAAGAACUACUCAAGAAAAGCCAGUUUUGAAAGACCAUCCGAAGACAAAUUCAGAAGAUAAGACCUCUUUGGAUGGACAUUUUGUGGACUCUUCAAAUGAAAGUGAAGUUGUGAUCAUUUACGUUUUCAGAUGUUUGCCUUUUUUAACUCUACUGGCGGCAUUCUUUUACCUAAACAGAGAUGAUAAAAGAGCCAUCAUAUCAAAAACAGAUCAAUGUGCAGUAAUAUCAGAAGAGCAACCAGAGGAAGAUGUGGAAUCAGGAGAUAAAUGCAGAAAUGACACUGAAGAUGUGAAACUGGGUGUGAUAGCUUCUGUGGAGGAGGAAGAUGAUAUUACCACAGAGAAACCUGAAAGUUCAGUGGAAAACAAAGAGGAGAAAGUAAAAGAGACUGUUGAAAUGCUGGACACUGAAGGUGUGACGGUUCAAACAUCUAAUAGUGAAGAAGUUCCUGCUGCUACAGUGGGCGACAGUGUGGUUUCAGCUCUCUGACAGGCAGGGUUAUCUGAUCGAUGAUGUCACUUCCUGUAUGCUUGUUUGCUGUGUUAAUGCUUUGCAAAGCAAAAGCUACUUUAAUUCAGAAUUAAGUAAUAUUCAAACUGUUGUGUGAUAAUAAAAAUGUGGCUUGUAAGUGCAUAAAUCUGACUCAUGUUGUGUUUUCUAUAUGGUUGAGUCUGAGGGUGGAGGAAAGAGUUAGAGAUCGGUGUUGU